AAUUCCUCACGAUCCACGAGCCCCCCGCGAACUGCGCGUCCCCACAGGCGAUGACCGAGGAGGUUUGACAGCUCCACACCGACGCGUUUCAGUGAAGUGAGGGGGCAGCCGGAACCAGGGCGUCUCACCUCGGCCCCCACGCGCUCCUCCCAUCCGGCGGGUGCUGAGAUCCAUGGAAGUGGCCGGCUUGUACGAGGAGGGCAGCUUCGCUAUCCACGGCAGAGACGGCUUUCUGGGUCCCUCGUACUGGAGGCUGGGCGACUCGAUGACGGAGCUGGGCCUGGAGGAGCGGGAGAGAGCCAUAGACUUCAGCGUGUACCUGGACCCCUCCGCCCUGCACUGCCCCCCGCAGCAGCAGCAGCAGGGGGACGUCUUCUCUGACUUCCUCGGGGAGAACAAGAUCAAACGAGCCGCGGCUUUCCAGAACUACAAGAACUACUCGCUGCUCAACGAGCUGGAGGCGGCUCAGUGCGACCACCCGAGGGAGCCCCGGGAAGCCCAGCCGUACGCGCUGGGUUACUCCGAGCUGCAGGAGACCCGGGUGGACAGCGUGCUCAGCCCCGAGCUCGUGGCGCACCGCUACAGGUCCGCCGCCGCCGCCGCGGAGCGAGACGACAGCCAGGAGGACGCGAAAAUGGAGAACGGCUCUUCUGGCUACGACAUGAGGUACCUGCAUUACCAGUCCACGAGCGGGAGCCUGGGCAACAUCUCCACGGCGUCCUCGACCUGCUCCAGCCCGCCCGGCACACCUGCUCCGUCAGGUAAGGGCAGGUCGCCGUCUCACGGCGGCAAAUCGUCCGGCGGCAAGGCGAAGAAGCGCCUGGACAAGGACAGUGAGGAGUACCGGCUGAGGAGGGAGAGGAACAACCUGGCCGUGAGGAAGAGCAGGGACAAAGCCAAAAUGCGCAACUUGGAGACGCAGCACAAAGUGCUGGAGCUGGCUGCGGAGAACGACCGUUUACAGAAGCGCGUGGAGCAGCUGUCCAGAGAGCUGGCCACCCUGCGCAACCUGCUCUCUGCCACCGGACAGUGUUAGUCUCCUGCUCGCCCUGAUUGUUGGACUUUUUUAUUCAGGGCAGAACCCACCCCGGUACUGCGACCACCAGUUUACAAGGACACUUUGAAUGAGACUGAGCAAAAAAAGGUGCGCGUGGAUUGCGCAACCUUCCCACCCCUCUUCUUCUUCUUCUUCUUCUUCCUCCACACACAUGUCCCCUCUUUAAAGCUUUAUUCCCAGGUGUGAUAUGUUUGGUGUAUGUAUUUCUGUGCAGGUUUCUACAUACAUCCAAGUGAAUUUCUACAUUUUGUGUACACUGUAUCUGCAGCAAUGGCUGUCAGGAGGAAGAGUUGUGCUGCAGUGAAAUGAUGCAACUCUUUGUAAUAGUAUUGGCAAUGAAUGAAAUAAGUCUAAUUAUUUAAUAUUAAAAGGUGAAAUGCUUUAAUUGUACUUGAUAUUUUAUUGAAUUAAACAGAUUUUUACUUUGUUUA